GGUAGAGUUCGUGUCAUUACCAUUGCUACGAAUCGACGAUUUACAUUACACGUUGACCAUUUACUUACAUGUUUUUGCGCAUUAUUCAUAGCAUUUAAAGUUUUGAUAAGUCUAAAUAUUAUUUUAAUUAAGUAGCAAUGUCGUCGACUGAAGAAAAUACCCAACUGAAAGCGGGUCAUCCGCCUGCAGUGAAGGCUGGUGGCAUGAGAAUCACACAACACAAAACGCCCCACACUAAAGAAACUGGAAAGGAACCGGCUAAUGAAGACCUUACCGGUCUCUCUGGUCCUUCACCGGUUCCUUCCAAUCCAGUUUCCAUUUCUGGAGCUCCAAAUAGAGGUAAUGCUGACUUCACUCCAGAAGCGGCCCAAGUGGCCCAUAGUCCUAAGCCUCCAGCACACAUUAAUAUUAAGCCAAGCCCAAACAUCCAUCAGCCCAGGAAGUAGAUACCCGAGGAAGCUAUAAGAAAGGCAUAUCACCAUCAUCAAACAGUUUGUAUUGAGUGCGAACCUUCUUUUAUUCUCAUGAUUUUUACUGUACCAGUAUACAGCAUGUCUAGUAUUUUUUCAUACAUAAUUUUUUAUAUAAUGUUUUUACUUGUCUUUGGAUUUUUGAAAACUUUUCCAACAAUAUGAAGAAAAAUAAAAGCCAUUGACCUGUAUUUAUGACACCCGUGUAAAAUGUAACAGUCAAUUCUCUACGUACAACUGUACAAAUAUUAAAUACUGAAAAACAUUUACAGAUUGAAAAUAAGUUUUGUUAUAAUUAUUGUUUCUGAAUAUUACUGUAUGAUCCAUUCUGAAGAAUAAUUUAUAAAGAAAGUGAUAUAGAAUAGUAAAGGUAAGCUAGCAAUAGAGAAGCAUAGUCAAUUGACUACAUCAUACUAUCCUACUUACUCUUAAUUAUUAUU